AUGUAUGUCAGUUUUACAGUUGUUCUUUCUCUUUUGUUAAUGCAGUGUUGUACACUAGCAGUGUCCUUGAAGAAACAUAUAAUCCAACAUGGAGGUCCCUCACAUUUCAAUAUGAGAAGUUUGGAGACAGUGUCACAAUUAACAAGUUUAAGAUAAAGGUUUGGCUUAUCACAGGUGAGUCUAAAGAGGAGAUGAUGUGCUUUGAGAAAAUUGUUGAUCUCAGUACAUACAGAUUCAUGGGAGUCAGUAUUGGUAGACUAGAUAAUCUCAACUAUCCAUCAAACAGUGUGGUGGUAGCCACUGCUGAAGGUUACUAUUGUAAUACAGAGGUGGGUGGGUUACCAAGAUCCCCUCACUUCAGUCGGACCAACCAACUGGUCGAGUAUCUUCCUCGUAAUUCUCUCAUUGAAGUUUCUAAAUCAGAAGUUGGUGAGUCUUGUUCAUUGGAAUAUUUGAAUAAGAUGUUGGAUCAACAGCAAAGACUGACUAGUCUCAGGGAGAAAGUGAAGACUCAGAAAGCAGAGAUUCAAGCAACUAGACUCAAAAUGGCCGGAUCUCUUAAAAAGAAGGAGCAGCUCUCAAGACUAAAGGUUCGUGUUGAAUUACUCAAACAGCAACUAGCAGAGAAAAGAGAAAUAUUUGAAAAAGAAAACAGAAAGUUGGUUAAAUUGCAAGGAUCUUUAAAUGAAAGAGAGGCGACACUAAAAAAUGGGAAAAGUGAUUUAUUAAAGUCGCAGUCCAACUUUGAUGAAGACCAUCUAAUGUUCCUACAGAGAAGGGAUCAGUUGAUAAAGACUCAGAGACAGUUGUACUUAAGACAGCGGACGCUGAUAUCAGAACUAUCACAAACUUUCUGUAUACAACAAAUGAAUGACGCCUACACUAUAUGUGAUGUGACACUACCCAAUGGAGACCCUCUGGAAACUGGUAAGGAUUCACUACCAUACAGUAGGAAAUUUUAGAGGAACUGAUUUAGU